AUGCACGUUAUCAACAGCCCAGACGUUCCAAGCGCCCAUGCCAUCCGUGAGCAACUCCGUGCUGGAACUGAAAUCCAUGUCAACGGACAUGUCACCCACCAUCAUCACAAGGACUUCUCCGUUGAGCUUCUCUCCGGACCACAUAUUGUUCUUCAUGUGAACUUCCGUUUUGAACAUGACCAUAUCGUUGCCAUGAACACCAGUACCAAUGGAUCAUGGGGACCAGAAAUCCGUCAUCAUAACCCAUUGAAGCAUCAUGACAAGUUUCAUCUUAAGAUCCAUGUUCAUGAUGGUUAUUACCACAUAACCGUCAACGGAGAACAUCUUGCUGACUUCCCACAUCGUAUUCCUUACCAAUCGGUUCAAGCCAUUGGACUCAAGGGAGCCGUCCAUGUCGACGAGAUUUCCUUCACCGGAUUCGAUUUCGGAGUCGACUGGAACUCUCAACAUGAUUUCGGACACACUGGAUACGGAGCCUACGGAACUGAGACUUAUGUUGCUCCAGUUUUCCAAGAGACUCACUCCUACAACGCCUACUUCUAA